GAUAAGUUUGCUUCUAUUUGAUAACACAGUUCUUGAAAACAUUGGAAAUUCCGAAAAAAAAAUUCACCAUAUUUAACGAUGAAAAGUAUACACAUCACAACUAAAGAAAAUAAUACGGAUCUGAACUAUGAUGUGCGUAAUCGUUUAGAAAAUUUGAACUAAUUGGACUGCUUCUGCACGGUUUAUAAUCUUCAAUCCACUUUAUCAAGAGCAGAAAGAAAACGACACACAUCACAAAAAUCACCGAUCUACUGCUUACAACUGGUGCGCUCCCCGACUAUCAGUAAAUGGGUUUAAAAGCAGAAAUUGUGUUUAAAUCGUUCAAUUCAGUUCUGAAGACAUGUCCGCGAAGUUGAUACUCGUUACGCUGGCAGUGGCCAUUUACGCAUCUGCAGUGGAUGGAUCACCCACCUUCAUCAAUGCCUCCUCCUCAUCUUCCGAAGAGAUGACUAUGGAGUUGGUCGAAUCUCUAGAAAGUGAUUGUCUGCAGCAAACGGGAUCGUCGGAAACGUUCGAAGAGUUGAUGGCCGAGUAUAUGUACGCACCGAUGUGCUUCGGUAGUCUUUUGGAUUUGGAAGGGCUUUUCGAUGGUUUUGAUCAGCUAGACGACUCAAAUCGGGUUCAAUAUUUUGAUACCUAUUGUCCCCAGCUGAACCAAUCCUUGAUGCAGUGUGCUAAUCCGAUGUUCGAUCUGCUCCGGAAGUGCUGUGAUGAAGAAGAGUUGGCGAUUUGGGAUGUCAUGUUCAACAUGGUCCCGGAAGCGUUGAACCUGAUCUGCAAGGGCCAUGGAGAGAUCUUUUUCAAGCUCGAUCGCCCAGAAUACAAAAAGUGCAUGAUAAGUUUGGCAGACUACGCUGUGGAAUGUGCCAGCAUGUUCCCCAGCUCCGCCAAAACGGUGAUCCUGUCCAAACUCAACGAAGAGCAAUGUUACGAGUUGAGAGAUUACCGCAACUGCGUUUCAGAGAAACUCGGCGUCUGUAAAGCAACCGGUAUCAUCGAAUUGGCAUAUGUGUUCUACAAGCCGUUGAUGAAGAUCAACCCAUGUGCCAAGUACAUUGAUUUGGAGCCGAAGAAUCCAGUUGAGGCGAGUGUAAUUUAAUGAAAUGAAUAAAAAAAUGUGAAUAGAUGAGUAAGCGAAAUAAAAUAGUAUUACAAGGAAAAAAAUGUAUGCGAUAGGGGCGCCGCUUUUGGAUAGUC